AUGUUUUUAAAAUCAACUAGAAAUGUCAUACAUGAGACUUCAGCAAUACGCCUGUCUCCACUGAAAAAAAUUUUUCAAUCACCACAAAUAUCAAGAUGUCUCACUUCAUCCACUAGAGUACACAAACCACUACAAACAACCAAAUUUUCUGGUUCAAAUCCCGCAUUAAGCUUUCCAUGCUUAGAUAAACUAGAACGUAAGAAUGAAGAAUUAUCCAAAGGGAAUUUGUCAUCAUCAUCAUCAUCAUCAACAACAGCAGUAAAAUCAACAACAUCUUCGUCAUUAGAAUCAGGCCCAGAACCAAGUUAUGGUUAUGUUAAAACAGGAUUUCAUUUAUAUAAAUCUAAAAAACCUAUAUUUUUAGAUUAUGGUGGUCAUUUACCAGAAUAUGAAAUUGCCUACGAAACAUGGGGAAAAUUAAAUAAGGAUAAAUCGAAUUUAAUCUUAAUCCACACAGGACUAUCCGCAUCACUGCAUGCCAAAUCACAACCAGAAAACACUAAAAAAGGAUGGUGGGAGAAUUUUAUUGGACCAGGGAAAUAUAUUGACACAGAUAAAUAUUUCGUAGUAUGUACCAACGUAUUAGGUGGUUGUUAUGGUUCAACAGGUCCAUCUUCUAUUGAUCCUGCCAAUGGUGAAAAUUAUGCCACACGUUUUCCUAUACUUAGUGUUAAUGAUAUGAUUCGAGCCCAACGUGAAUUGGUGAGAGAUGAAUUUGGAGUUAAGAAGAUUCAUGCAUCUGUUGGUGCAUCUAUGGGGGGAAUGCAAUCUUUAGCAUAUGGCUGGGAAUUUCCUGAUGAAGUUGAAAAAAUUAUAUCUAUUAGUGGAUGUGCCAGAUCUCAUCCAUAUUCAAUUGCUUUGCGACACACACAAAGACAAGUAUUAAUGAGUGAUCCAAAUUGGAAUCGUGGUUUCUAUUAUGGUAAGAUUCCUCCUCAUGUAGGAAUGAAAUUGGCAAGAGAAAUUGCUACUGUUACUUAUAGAUCUGGUCCUGAAUGGGAAUAUAGAUUUGGUAGACAAAGAGCAGAUGAAAGUAGACCUCCAGCUUUGUGUCCUGAUUUCUUGGUUGAAACAUAUUUGGAUCAUGCUGGUGAGAAAUUCUGUCUUGAAUACGAUGCUAAUUCAUGGUUAUAUGUGUCUAAAGCAAUGGAUUUGUUUGAUUUGGGAUACAAGAAUAGAAGCAAAGCAUUAAAAGCUAGAUCAAAGUCUGAGAUGGAGUAUAAUGGUAAAGUGUCAGAUGAAGUUGCAAAAUUAACCAUACCAGCUGUUCCAUACCAAGAGAAAUCUACCAAGGCCAUGACUACAGUUGAAGAAGGAUUGAUGGAUUUAAAGAAAGGUAUGACUAGAUUGGCUAAUAAGGAUGUCUUGGUUAUUGGUGUUGAAUCUGAUAUAUUAUUCCCUGUUUGGCAACAGCGUGAAAUCGCAGAUGUCUUGAUGGAGAAUAAUUCUUCUGGCAGAGUUGAAUACUUUGAAUUGGGAACUGACAUUUCAAACUAUGGUCACGACACAUUUUUAUUGAGUUUGAACGAUAUUGGUAAACCAGUUAGUAAGUUUUUAGAAAAUUAA